AUGGGCCCCGACGUGUCGACCACCACGGCCAUGGAGCUGCACGCCUUUGAGGGCAGCCCACGCAGUAUUGGCAGUGAACAUCAACCCGAAGAAGGCCGUGAGCCCGAACACCAGAUGGCCAGUCUGCCCCAGGUGGACCGCGGCAAGGACGCCUACCUCUUUCUCUUUGCCUGCUUCAUGGUCGAGGCUCUUGUCUGGGGCUUCACCUACUGCUUCGGCGUCUUCCAAGACUACUACUCCACCCAUGAGCCCUUCACCAACGCCGCCAACCUGCCCACCAUCGGCACCUGCGCCAUGGGCAUAAUGUACCUGUCCGCGCCCCUGGUCAUGUACGCCCACCGGCUCUUCCCGCGCGCCGCCCGCCACAGCACCCUCCUCGGCCUCCUCAUCAUGUGCCUAUCCCUAGCCCUCUCCUCCUUCGCCACCACCGUGCCCCAACUCAUCGCGACCCAAGGCGUCCUCUACGCCGUCGGCGGCGGCAUCGCCUACGCCUCCUGCAUCGUCUACCUCGAGCAAUGGUUCGUCGCCCGCCGCGGCCUCGCCUUCGGCAUCAUGUGGUCUGCCACCGGCCUCUCCGGCGUCAUCCUCCCCCUCAUCCUCCAACGCAUGCUCACCGCCUGGGGUCACCCCACCACCCUCCGCGUCUUCGCCUGCGUCGUCUUCGCCCUAACCGCCCCGCUCAGCUUCUUCCUCCGUCCCCGCCUGCCCAUCACCCCGGCCAACGCCACCACCCGCGCCCGCCCGUACUCCCUCCGCUUCGUCAUGGAACGCCGCUUCGCCCUCUACCAGCUCUUCAACGUCGCCGAGGCCGUCGGGUUCUUCCUCCCGGGUAUCUAUCUCCCUUCCUACGCCCGCGUCGUCCUCGGCGCCAGCCCCGUCCCCUCCGUCAUCGCCAUGAUGCUCGUCAACGUUGCCAGCUGGGCUGGAUGUGUGGCCAUGGGCUGGCUGAUCGACCGGUUGGACGUCACGCGGUGCUUCAUGGUAUCUGCUCUGGGCGCCGGUGCCGGUACGCUCCUGCUGUGGGGUCUAUCAGUCAACCUACCCGUGCUCUACCUCUUCUGUAUUGUGUACGGGUUCUUCGCCGGGUCAUACACCUCCGCCUGGCCGGGAGUCAUGAACGAUAUCACCCAGCAAGGGCGGCGCGGUGAAACGGUGGAAUUAUCAGAAGACAACAACGAGGACAGCCCGAGGGACGAUCACGGCAAACUGGCCGACCCAAGCAUGGUCUUCGCCUUUUUGGCCAUGGGCCGCGGCGUCGGCAAUGUCAUCUCGGGCCCGCUCAGCGAAGUGUUGGUCAAGGGCAUGCCGUGGCAGGGCGAAGCGUUUGGGGGGUAUGGGAGUGGGUAUGGCGGGUUGAUUGCGUUUACGGGGGCUACGGCGUUGUGCGGUGGGGGGAGUUAUAUAUGGAAGCGGUUGGGGUGGUUGUAG